UGUGUCCUACCUGUGUUUUGGAGGUUUGCAAACACGGAAGUUUUCAGAGAGCCACGGAUCGUUUUACCUGACACGCACGCACACACCCAGAGAGAGGGUGGGCUGAAAUAAGAUAAACUCCAGUGUCUCCUGGCAGCGACCGUCUGAAACUUUCUGCUUUAGUUUAAGGGGGCUUCCAGAGCCGAGUCCCCCAGCGGGAGUCCGACCCGAUGGCAUCUGACGGCGGAAACACUCAGGCGGGCGGCCCGGGCCCGGCGCAGGGAGCGAGGCUUGGGGAGAAGAGUCUAUCGAUCCACGGGAGCGCAGAGAAUCUGAGCCCCUCCUCGGUCAACCGCAUCCUCAUGGAGGUGCUCAUGUACUUCGGCCGAGCCAUGUUAGUCUUCUACCCGGUGUACAUGACCGGGUACCUGGGCCUUAGCAUCAGCUGGGUGCUGCUGUGCAUGGUGAUGGUGACCUGGUGGAAGAAGAACCGCCAGUGGAAGGACGCGCGCUUCGGAACCGCCAUCGAGUUUGUGGAAACCGAGACCCACUUGAUCAACAAAGAGCUGCAGAGUGCUCUGCAGAUGGCAACAUGGGUCCAUUUCCCUGAUGUUGAGAAAGUUGACUGGGUUAACAAGGUGUUAGAGCAGGCCUGGCCUUUCUUUGGGAUGUACAUGGAGAAGCUCCUGAAAAAGAACAUCCAGCCGGCUGUCAGGCUCUCCAACCCAGCGCUGAGAAUGUUCUCUUUCACUAAAGUCCACUUUGGACACAAACCUCUCAGGAUCACUGGGAUUAAAGCCUACACCCAUGAAGUAGAUCAGAGGGAGGUGAUUCUGGACAUGAACAUAAGCUAUGAGGGCGAUGUGGACAUCGACACUGUGGUGAAGCCGCCUGUCACAGCUGGACUCAAAGGCCUUAAACUCAAGGGUAUGCUGAGGGUCAUUCUGGAGCCUCUCAUUGGUGAGGUACCAUUGGUGGGAGGAGUCACCUUCUUUUUCAUUCGCCGCCCGACGCUACAAAUCAACUGGACUGGUAUGACCAACCUCUUGGACAGUCCCGCCUUCAGUUCAUUGUCUGAGGAGACCAUCUUGGACAUCAUUGCCUCGCUCAUGGUGCUACCAAAUCGCAUGUGUAUUCCUCUCAUAGACCAGGUCAAAGUGGACCAGAUGAGGUUCCCACUACCUCGAGGCGUGGUGAGGGUCCAAUUGCUGGAGGCCAGAAACCUGGUUCCGAAGGACACGUACAUGAUUGGUUUAAUUAAAGGCAAAUCCGACCCCUACGCCAAGCUCAGAGUCGGCAACAGACAAUUCAAAAGCAAGACCAUCAAAGAGAAUUUGAACCCAACAUGGAACGAAGUGUUUGAGUUUGUUGUCCAUGAGGCCCCAGGGCAGGAGCUGGAGUUGGAGCUGUUUGAUGAGGACACAGACAAAGAUGAUUACCUCGGAGGGUACAACCUUGAUUUUGGAGAAGUGAAGAAGGAGAAGGAAAUGAAUCAGUGGUUUCCUCUGGAGGGCGUCGAGCAUGGAGAAGUUCAUCUCAAGCUCCAGUGGCUGGCGCUCAGCACUGACACCAGCCUGCUGAGUGAGUCUAAAGAUGGCCUUGCUUGUGCUAUGCUCACAGUGUAUCUAGACAACGCCUCAAACCUGCCUAAAGACCACAGUGAGUUCACCGACAAUCAGAAACAUGGGAAGCACGCGAAGGAAGCUCGGCUGACCAGGAGAGCUCCCGAUCCCAACUCCUUUGUGCAAUUUUCCAUUGAUGAGGAAGUUCAGAAAAGCAAGGUUGUGUUUGCAUCCAAAGACCCAGUGUGGGAGGAGGGCUUCACCUUCUUUGUGCAUAAUGUGAAAACACAGCAGCUGUCUUUGCAGGUGAAAGAGCCUGAGAAUAAGACUCCGCUUGGCGUUCUGAACUUGCCCCUGAGUCGCCUCCUCAACACCUCCAACAUGAGUCUGGACCAGCGCUUCAUGCUGGAGCGCUCUGGAGCAAACAGCCAGAUUAAACUGAAGGCCACUCUCAGGAUUCUUACGGAGGAAAAGCCUCCACCCAAGAUUAUCCUCAGUCCUCCCCCACAUGUCAAUCAACAAAAUGCAAAGGCCAGUCAAGGGGGUGAGGGGUCUGCCUCCUCUCCUCCGGUGGUUUCCAACAACAAUAAUCCUGCCGCCAAAUCUUCAUCUCCCAAUCGAGCAGCUGAUUCUCAGGUGAUCCCUGAUGAAGAUUAUUUGGCUCACCGCCGCAACUCCUUCCUGGCCAACGAAGCACUGCGGUCAACACCCACCACGUCAAACAUGCGCCGGUACGACUCCCACAGUCUGCUGUCAGAGAACUCGAUCUCCUCGUCGCGUUUUGACAUCUCAGAUGGGGCCUCGUAUCCAGAUGCGCUUAGGAAUCAUCAGGGUUCAUUUGGGGAGAUCCACCUGACUGUGCGCUACGCCUCCCUGAGGAAGAAACUCAUCAUCCUGGUUAAUGCUUGCAGGAACCUGUUCCCCUGCAGUGACAAUGGCACAGACUCGUAUGUCCGCCUGUAUUUGCUCCCUGACCAAACCUGGAGACACCGCAAGAGGACACAUGUCAAGAGGAGGACGGUCAAUCCUGUCUUCAAUGAUAAGUUUGAAUUUGACGUGCCACUUCAGGCGGCCCAAAUGCGGAAGUUGGACGUGUCUGUGAAAAACCACAAAAUGUUCCACACACGGCAGAGAAAGGACAUCGGCAUGGUGAUGAUAGAUCUUUCCCAAAUAGACCUGAUCAAAGGCACUACAGAAUGGUACGAGCUGUCCCUGCCUGGGCUGAAGAGACCCAGCUAAAGGGUGGAACUACAACACUUCUCUUUGCAGCUUCUGCCUCUACAAGGCAAAAUGCAGACCUAUCAGAUUAUUCCUCUGUCUUCCUUAUCACCGAUCAGAUGAAGGUUCUCCAAAUGCAGCACUCCCACCCAUCUUAGAUAAUGGAUGUGUAUAAUCACGGAAACAUACUGUGUGUAGUAAUAUUCCAAACUCCAAACCUACUUUUACUGGGAAAUAAACAGUUUCAGUUCUUCUUAGAUAAUAUUAGCUCAAGCUUUUGUGUUAAUGUAUUUGAAUUUAUUAAGAAUUUUUUUUACCAAGCAUUGGUUUUUCAUAGAAUGCUAAAAGACAUAAUAGACCUUGACAGGAAGUAGUAAAUUAACACAGGCGUUUCCAAUGACAUUAAUAUAGCAUGUGUUCUUUUUAGGGUUACAGAAACGUAUUUAUUUGUUACACCUGUGGUUACCAUAGACUAUAUAAAGAUCCUCUCCAAAAGUGAAGCUGUCUCGAUCGCCACCUGGUGGUUGGAUGCAGGAUACGUCAUAAGUCCUGCCUCCUCUAUGUGAGUGGAUGGGAUGUGGGCCAAAGUACAAAGUACACGUUAAAUACUGAUGUAUGUUUAAGUAGGCUGCUAUUUUUUCCUGUAAGUUUGUUUUUGUGGUGUCUGUGGUGUUAAUCUGCUGUUUAAUGUCAAAAUGGCUGCUGUGAAAAAGGUUGAUUCAUCAGAAAAUAUUUUUACUCUCCCAAUAAACAAGGUGAUGUCUUUAUUUAAAACGAGAUUUUGUUGAUGCAGUCCACGACAGUCAACAAACAUUAAGUUACACGCUUUAAUACAAAGUGACAACACAAUAAAUAUUUCCAUUUUAACCCGGAAAAGAAAAUAGUCUUUUCAAGACUAGCAGCUUUUUCUGAUCACCUUAAUGGGAAUAAGGUCAUAUUUGACAUAAAUGUGAAACAUGACAUUUUAUUGGUUAGAUUUCCGUGGCAUUUUGUGAGAUCAACUUGUACAGCAGUCAAAUCAAUCAAUCAAACUAUGCUCUGUUACAUAUAAAAUGAAAUAUUCUUUUAGAUAGUCAUGUAAUGCAAUAAUCGAAAAAUGUUUUAUUAAGGGGGAGGGGUCGUUCGUCAGACAUGUGAGUGCAAUACAACCCUACAAGACUGCUGCAUCCAUUGCAGCUUUUAAACCCAGAUUGAACUUUUUUAUUAUUCAUAAAUGCAUUUAACCAAAUCAGUUUACAAAAUCUAAGGUCAUACAUCAUUGUAUUAUAUUUGAUUUUAUUAUUUUACAAAUUUCUGUCUAUUUCAUUUGUAUUAUUUUACUCCAACUUAUUACACACAUUUAUCCUUUUGUGUUUAUUUUAAAUCUUUAAUGUCCAACUUUUCCCCCCUCCUUUCUUAAUCCCUUAAUAAUUGUUUAGUGUUUUCUAAAUUUAAAUUAGAUUUCUUUUAAUCCUAUCUCUGUCUUGUUUUGAAUGUCCCUGUACAGCACCCUGUGUAUGAAAUAUAAAUAACACUGUCUUGCCUUGACACUGAUUGAAAUUGAUUGCACUUGUUUUUUAAGUUGACAUUUUUAUGGCAAACAAAUAUAUUUAAGCAAAAGAAUGUUGUAUUUUUUCUGUUUGAAUGUGAGUCGGUUGUGUUGUCUCGUAUAGCAUUUCAAAGUGUGGUAGAAAACAGGCUUUAUUUUAUUGAGUUUGGGAUUUUUCCACAUUGUAACGCCAACAAACUCAACAACAGUCGAACAACAGUGUAAUAAACCAUUGAUGACAUGAA